CGUCCCCUUGCUAGGGACCGUAAAGCGCGGAAGGUCGCGGGCUCAAUUUUCCCCGGAACUUUUUUCCUCCCGCCGCCUCGUCCCCUCCCCAUUCCUUGUGCCCCCUUUCCGGCCUCCGCGACCCCCCGCGACUGCUGUGGCGGCUGCUGCUAUGCGUCAGGCCGGGUGUUGCUGAGCGCGGAGCCCGUGGGGGCACGUGAGCUUGUAUUUCCUAGGUGCCCACGCUGAAUGCUAGGAAAACCCUGAUGCAGUUGUAAUCAUUCCCUGCUCUCAGAGAACUCCCUCAUAACAUUGGAAUUCUGGGGAUCUCCUUCUUAGCUGAGUGAGAGCACAUCUCCCAGUUGCUGGCGGACGUGAUGUUUCACCGGUUGCUAUCAGUGGUCCGAAGACAAAGAAACAGCCGAGGAUGGCAGAAGUGGUCCUCAGUCAGAAGCGGUGCAUUCGUCGCCGAAGCGCAUUCCGUUGCCCUGCCUGCCGAGGCACACGUGGUCAUCUGUGGGGGUGGAAUCAUGGGCACAUCUGUGGCCUAUCAUCUCUCUAAGAUGGGAUGGAAGGAUAUUGUCCUUUUGGAGCAGGGCAGGCUGGCUGCUGGCUCUACGAGGUUCUGUGCUGGCAUCCUAAGCACCGCCAGACACUUGACCAUUGAGCAGAAGAUGGCAGACUAUUCAAACAAACUCUACCAUCAAUUAGAGCAAGAAACAGGGAUCCAAACAGGUUACAUAAGGACGGGCUCGAUCUUCCUGGCACAAACUCAGGACCGGCUGAUCUCCCUGAAGCGUGUCAACUCAAGGCUGAAUGUCAUAGGCAUCCCUUCCGAGAUCAUCUCCCCCAAGAAAGUGGCCGAACUUCACCCUCUCCUCAAUGUGCACGACCUGGUGGGGGCCAUGCAUGUUCCCGAGGAUGCGGUGGUGUCCUCCGCUGAUGUGGCUCUUGCCCUGGCAAGUGCUGCCUCCCAAAAUGGUGUUCAGAUCUAUGACCGGACGAGUAUUCUUCAUGUUAUGGUCAGAAAAGGUCAAGUCACUGGUGUGGAGACAGAUAAAGGACAGAUCCAGUGCCAGUAUUUUGUCAACUGCGCUGGUCAGUGGGCAUACGAGCUGGGUCUGUCCAACGAGGAGCCGGUCAGUAUCCCGUUACAUGCCUGCGAGCACUUCUACCUUCUGACUCGCCCCCUGGAGACCCCCCUGCAGAGCAACGCACCAACUAUUGUGGACGCUGACGGAAGAAUUUAUAUUCGGAACUGGCAGGGUGGCAUCUUGUCUGGGGGCUUUGAGAAGAACCCGAAACCAAUUUUCACUGAGGGCAAGAACCAGCUGGAGAUUCAGAAUCUACAGGAAGACUGGGAUCACUUUGAGCCCCUGCUGAGUUCCCUCCUGCGUCGGAUGCCAGAACUGGAGGCUCUGGAGAUCGUGAAGUUGGUGAACUGCCCUGAGACCUUCACCCCGGACAUGAGGUGCAUCAUGGGAGAGUCUCCUUCAGUGCAGGGCUACUUUGUCCUGGCGGGAAUGAACUCUGCUGGCCUUUCGUUUGGCGGGGGAGCCGGAAAGUCCUGCCUGUGCAGUGCUAUGUGACAGAAACACAAAUUAAAGGACAUCAAAUGGGCUAUCCAAGCAGGUUCAAAAUGAUUCUUCAACUGAAUAUGCUGACCAGAUAGAAGACAAGACAGCACAAGCAUUGAUGACAGAUCAUUUCAGAGAGAAGAAAGUAUCAACCACCUAAAAUCAAAAUCCAGCCACCCUUUCAACAAUCCCUCGCAUCUCUGAGGAGAGCAGGGCGUCUCGCCCAAUGAAAUCCAUCCCCUAGGAGAGAGAGAGGUGGCGCUGAGAUGGCAUCUACACCUGGUGUCGCUGCAAGGGACCGCACCCCCACACAUACCCCUGCAAGCUCUGGGAAAGUGGUUCCUGCCAUGCGGAAAACUGCAUUCACUACAUGGAGGGCACCUUCAGAGAACUUUUCUCAACACAGACACAUUUCUUACUGUAAGGACACCCUGAUUGUCAUCGCUGAGCUCUCAACACUUGGACACUUCCUUUGACGCCAGCUCUCCUGGUCCUCACGCGGGCUCCCUGCUUGCAAAGCUGAGGGACAGAGUGGAGUGAGCAUAGAUGGCAGAGUAGUAGGUUCAUGAGCUCGCCUCUCGUGACAAAAACCACAACCAACUGCUGAGCAGCCAUCAAGAAAAAAGACUGGAACCUAGUAAAAAAGAUCAUCUUCAACUGAAAACAGAAGUUGGGAACCACAGUGGGAAGGUGGGAGGGGCGUGUUCGCGAUAUAAUCGGGCCCUAUACCCCCCAGGUGGGCGACCCACAAGCUGAAGAAUAAUUGGGUCACAGAGGCCCUUCCACAGGAGUGAGAGUUCUGAGCCCCACGUCAGGCUCCCCAGCCCCAGGUUCUGGCAUUGGGAGGAGCAGGAGACCCCAGGACAUCUGGUUUUUAAGGCCUGUGGGGCUAACUCCAGGAGCCCCACGGGACUGGGGGAGACAAAGGCUUCAUUCUCUUGGGAAGCAUGCAUGGGAUCUCACAUGGGCCGGGUCCAGGGGCAGAGACAGUGAUUUCAUACAAACCUGGGCAGGCCUGCUUGCUCGUUUUGGAAGGUCUCUUGGGGACAUAGGGGACUGCUGCGGUUCACCCAGGGGGCAUAAAAGCUGAUGGCAGACAUUCCAGGAGUGUUUAUCUACAUGAGCUUUCCUGAAUACUGACAUCUUGAUUGGAUUGUUAUCACCAAGACCUAGCCCCACCCAACAGUCUGUAGGCUAAAGGGCUGGAAAGCCUCAGGCCAAACCACAUACUGGGUGGGAACACAGCCCCACCCAUCAGCAGACUUCCUGAGCCACAAAUGCCUCUAGACUUAGCCCUACCCACCAGAGGUCCAAGACCAAGCUUCACCCAGCAGUGGGCAGGCACCAGCUCCUCCUGCCUGGAAACCUGCAUAAGCCUCUAGUCCAGCCCCAUCCACCAGGGGCAAAUACUAGAAAUAAGAAAACAAUCCCAAAGCCUGUGGAAGGAAUCCACAAACACAGGCCAGAUUCUACACUGGGACCAGCUGGACGCUGGCCCUUGGGUGACAAGAGAGGCGUGCACUGCUGGGACGCAUAGGACAUCUCCCACAGAGGGCCACUGCUCCAAGGUCAAGAAACGUUAAGUAACCUACCUAAAAAUACAAAUAGACAGACAAUAUGAGGCGGCAAAGGAAUAUCUUGCAGGCCAAGGCACAAGAUACAACCCCAGAAGAAGAAAUAAGUGAUGAGGAGAUAAGACAAUUUAUCUGAGGAAGAGUUUAAAAUAACGAUGGCAAAGACAUUCAGAGAACUUGAGGAGCAGAGAUGGACAGAGCGAAGUUUUUAGCAGAGUUGGAAAAUACAAAGAAUACCCAAAUAGAGGUGAAGAAUAAAGUUGCUGAAAUUAUUGUAUCUAUAUGAGAUGAUGGAUGCUAACUAAACUUACUGUGGUAAUCAUUUCACAGUCUAUGUACUUCAGUCCAUUAUGCUGUUCCUUAAUCUUAUAUACAAUGACGUAUGUAAAUUGUAUCUCAGUAAAACUGAGAAAAAACAAAACCAAAAAUCAG